AUUCCCCACCAAUUAACAUCAAAUAGCUCCAGAAACAGUAGCAAAGCAGAUGGCUUAGGCUGUUUGGUGGCGGCAGCAGCAGCAGGCUCCGGUGGCGGUAGCAGCAGCAGGCUCCGGUGGCGGUAGCAGCAGCAGUAGCAGGCCCUGAUGGCGGUAGCAGUAACAGCAGCAGCAGUAGCAGGCCCUGGUGGCGGUAGCAGUAGCAGCAGCAACAGAUGGGUCUAGCAGCAGCAGUAGAUGGGUCCGGCAGCAACAGCAGAUGGGUCCAACAGCAGUAGCAGAUGGCUCCUGCAGCAGCGGUAGAGCAGAUGGCUUUGGCUGUUCAGCAGCGGCAGCAACAGCAGCAGCAGAGCAGAUGGCUUUGGCUGAACAACAGCAGCAGCAGCAGAUGGGUCCGGUGGUGGCAGCAGCAUAUGGUCCGGCAGCAACAGCAAAUGGUCCGGCAGCAACAGUAGAUGGCUCUGGUGGCAACAGCAGCAACAGCAGGGAAACUGAAGGUGAGAUGGACGUGAGAGAUGUGUGAAGCUGCAGUUAAAGAGAUUGAGUGAUGAGAAUUAAAAUAAAUUAGGGUUAGGGUUAAAUGUAGGGUAGGGGAAUGGGUUGGGUUGGGAGUUGGGUUGGGUUGGGGAAUGGGUUGGGUUGGGAGUUGGGUUGGGUUGGGGAAUGGGUUGGGUUGGGAGUUGGGUUGGGUUGAAUAGUAUUGGAUUAAAUUUAAUUGUAAUUGGAUUAAAUUUGGGUUUGAGUUUGAGUUUGAGUUUAAAGUUAGGUUUGGGUUUGAGUUUAAAGAAUAAAUUAAUUUUAAAAUA